AGAAUAAUUAAUAUACUUGAGAAGUCGAUUAAUUUCUCCGGCAAUGGUUGUUGCAUUUGUAGCCAUAGCUAAAUCCGUCGGACAACAAUGCUUGAAGCGAUCAAAACCCUACUCCAACUCUUACUUCUCCGGCUAUGGAGUCCAAACAUGGCGGUUUCAGAGUCAUAGAACACUAAUCUUACAGUCGGCUUCUGAAUCCGUCAAAUUGGAAAGACUUUCCGAUUCUGAUUCCGGGAUUUUGGAGGUUAAAUUGGAUAGACCUGAGGCGAGAAAUGCGAUUGGGAAGGAUAUGCUUAGAGGAUUACGGCAAGCAUUUGAAGCUGUGAGUAAUGAACGUUCAGCAAAUGUUUUGAUGAUCUGCAGUUCGGUUCCUAAAGUGUUUUGUGCUGGAGCUGAUUUGAAGGAACGAAAAACUAUGAUUCUUUCAGAAGUUCAGGUUUUUGUAAGCACUUUGCGAUCAACAUUUUCCUAUUUGGAGAAUCUUCAUAUCCCUACAAUUGCUGCCAUUGAGGGUAUAGCAUUGGGUGGGGGGCUUGAAAUGGCAAUGUCUUGUGAUAUCCGGAUAUGUGGUGAAGAUGCAGUGAUGGGCUUACCUGAAACAGGGCUUGCUAUAAUACCAGGAGCAGGAGGAACACAACGGCUUCCUAGACUGGUUGGAAAAUCAAUUGCAAAAGAUAUAAUAUUUACUGGACGAAAGAUAAGUGGGAAAGAUGCUAGAUCAAUUGGGCUUGUCAAUUACUGUGUUCCUGCUGGUGAGGCUCGUCUCAAGGCACUUGAACUUGCUAGGGAUAUUAAUCAGAAGGGUCCCCUUGCUUUGAGGAUGGCAAAACGUGCUAUUGACCAAGGAGUGGAGCUAGAUGUAGAAUCAGGUUUAGCUUUGGAGUGGGAUUGCUAUGAACAACUGUUAGACACAAAAGAUCGCGUAGAAGGCCUUGCUGCAUUUGCUGAGAGGAGAAAACCUCUGUAUAAGGGUGAAUGAAAAGAUUGUAACUCACCCAAAAUAUCGAUUAACUUAUCAUUCAUAACGAAAACCGAAAUAAAGUACUCCAAUUAUAUAUCUAA